GAACAACCCGUGGAGGUAAACACCGUGGUGGCGUUUCAGGUCGUGGUACUAGAGGCACAAUGUCAACUCAUGGAGAUGGUGCUUCUCCCGUUAUAAGCUCAACGGGGGCUCGUGUGAGAGGUGCUUCUCCAAGUAGAAGUGCGGUAGUAGCUCGUGCGGCUCAAACGAAUCGUGGGAAAGGAAGGGACCCACUAUACCGCACCAAGGAUGGCGGUGUUGAAAAAACUGCCUCGAAGAAAAGAAGUGAAAAGAAAGAUACGCCACCUUUACCAUCUAUAUCGAACGUUCAUUGGCCUGGUUUGUCGUCUGAUGGUGAAAAGAAGGUUUACAGAGUAACUUUAUCAAAUGCUGUUUUCAUGAAGUUGAUGACAGCAAAUGCCAAGGGUGCCCAUAUGAAAAUAAACAUCUCCGAUAAAAUGGAAAUCGCCACCGGGGAAACCGAGAAGAUACAAUUAGAUCUUUCUCGAUGUAAAAAGGCUGAGAUGGCUUUCUACGGAAAUGAAAACAGCGUCGGGCUGGUUGGCAAAGUUGUUGGGUACGCUAAAAAUACGGCCGAGUCACAUAUCGCCGUUAAGAAAGAGCGUGUUGCCAAAAAAAUAUUAAAAGCAAGUUAUGAAAAAGAAUCAAAAGAAAAAAGAAAAAUACGAGUUCUUGAUUACGGUGAGCUUCCUUCAGAAGAAGUAAAGGCAAAGUCCAAACGUCAAAAGAAUAACGCUGGUUCUUCAAUAAAGGUUCAGCAAGCAAUACCAUCGCCACCGACGACUUUUGUUCACUUAUCAUCGAAUAAAUCUGCGCCGCAACCUUCAAAUGAUACAAAGGCAGCUCGCGGUAAAGCUGUUCGUGGCAAGGCAAGGAGUGGCAGACCUAGAAUAAUCUCAGAAGUCGAUGAUGAUGAUGGUAUCGAUGCAUCUGCGUCGUCCACUUCCACUCGAGGAAGUAACGCGACUCGAGGCGGCAAAACGACCAGAGGUGGAAAAUCAACACGAGGUCGAGGUGCUAAAACUAUAGCAUUUGACGCACAAAAAGUAAAUGCUCCUCCUGCGCAAUCGACGGCAUCUCGAGCAAAAAGAGGAAGACCUGCUGGCGUACCAAAUAAGUCAUCACGAAGUACAAAGACCCACACUUCCACGACGAAGACUUCAGCCGCUCCUAAGCCUGCUGUACCAUCUACUACUUUCAAGCACGAUAAUGAACAACUAUCAAUGUCUGAAGGAACUAACUCCUCUUCUAGCAAGAAAGAUAAAGGGAUAAGUAAAAAAAAUGGACAAUCAAUAUCAUCUGAGUGGAAGCCUGGACAAAUAAUAAAUACAUUUAAAGAAUUUAAGUAUGCACGAAAACGUUGUGAAGAAAUGGAAAACGAUAUUCAAAAAGUUUUUGAGGAUCUCAGUGGAUUUGAAAAUUCUUAUAAUAGUUUUAUAAACUCAAUAAAAAAGGGAUCCACGCAAGAGACUUUAUUAAGGGAGAUCGAGAAGCAAUUUGGGGAAGGUUCCACCGCCAACAAAUUAAUGCAAAAAUACUCGCAAUUAGAGAAAGAAAUCAAAACCAUACACGAUGAGUUAUGGCGUGCUGCUAGGGAUGGCGUAUAUGAAGAUUGA